AAGCCAGUCUUCUGCUUUUCCUUUAUCUCUUCUUCUUUUCUUUCCUAUUCUUGCCGUUUUUCUCAUAGACCGAACGCCUAGAUGGUGCAAUUCCGUCUAAAUUUAUUUCUCUUCGUGGCUUGGAAGGUUUUGGUCUGGAACCUGGUCGUAGGGGAGGUGGUCCCAUUCAUCGAACCGGGCUUUUUCUUCAGCUAUGGGAGUAUUCCUGUUACAGAACAAUGCGAGACGGUUCGUCUGAUAUGGGGACGUCAGAGCGCUAUCGGGCAGAAUCCAGUCGCUCCCUACUUCUUUCAAGUCUUCACAUCGUCUUUCGUCUUUCCGUUCGUCGUCGAUGCAGGACAAGGGGGAGACGCAGGUGAUGGGAAUUUGUUUUUCGACUUCACUGUUCCGUUUGCUCCUGGAACGCAAUAUCAAAUUUGUAUGUACGAUUCAAAUGGUCUUCCAGGAGGAUGCCAAGUAUUGUUCACUAUGAUCCAAAACUCCACCGAUACGAAUCCAACUUGCAAAAACAUGACAAUGCCAAAUCAAGUGCUUGAUGUCAAUAGCGUAGUGGAUGGCGGUCCGAUGUCGCAGAAUGGGUUCAUCAAUCAGUGUGACAACGUAUCUAUUCAGCCUCUAAAUGGGACCCCUCCAUUCACACUGACUGUCUCACCGCCCAAUCACCCACCCUACAACAUAACGUCUCUUACUAUGGACCCUAUCGUUUGGACCGUAUCGUUGUCACGGGCUAUGCCCUUCUUCCUCUCACUCGUCAGCUCUGAAGGGUUAGUAUGGGCUAAUGGGCCUAUGGGUGUUGGACGAUCUGAUGACGAUACUUGCCUGGCUCCGGAUACGAUAUUAAAGGCCAAAGCUCACUCAAUAGCAACUGGAGCUGGUGUGGGAGGCUUAUUUGGUGGGUUGUUCCUCGCAGGAGUAGCAUGGAUUGUGCAACGAUGUUGGUCUCGUCGCCGGAACACGGUGGAUGCCGAAAACAGCGGACAACUAGGUGUGAAUCAAAAUCACCCUCAACCAGCGGAUAUAAGUCCCAUGUCCUCUUUAACUUCGACAAGCAACAUGUCCCAGCUCUACAUCAGACAUCAAGAUGGCGGCAGAGGAACGAGUCCCAGGGCUUUGCCCGAAGAGACAACUCCGGCAGAGGUAGUGGAGCUUCCGCCUAAAUAUGUCGUGAGGGAGGAUGCGCUGAUACCUCAUAUGCUUACGGAGAAACCGUUGCACAGGCUUCUAGUGGCAAGCGAGUGAGAUACGAGUGUCCGGUAUUUUGAUUCAUUAUUCACACCUAUUCACACC